AUGAAGGACUUGGCAAUUCAACAGCUGGGUAAAGAUAUGUUGAAGUCUUUGUGGUUACGGUGUUUACCCGUUCAUGUACAACAAAUUUUAGCAACUAUCGAGGGUGAUGUAGAUGACCUAGCUAAGAAGGCUGUCGAUAUUUUGGCGAUUCCAGCAACGAGUAGCGGUGUUGAUUCUGUCAGUACUUCAAGUGCCGAGAUGACAGCAACCAUUUCCGAAUUGGUAAAAAGGUUAAAUCGUUUAGAAAGUCGCGAUGUAGGUCGACGGAGUGGCGCACCUCCGCAACGGGCAAGACCAGUAAACAGUCGCAGCGGAGCAACACAAGAUGGGUAUAACGAUUUUUGCUGGUACCAUCGCACUUUCGGCGAGAAGGCAACACGAUGCCGACAGCCGUGUGUUUUCCAUCGAAAGCGCUCGGAAAACUAG